AAUGUUUGAGGCCAACAGAGUUGACAAACACUCAUUUAUUGUGUCUUUGCAAAGUUUUGGAAUCAACCAUCAAGGUCCCCCCACUCCUUCAAAAUCCUUUCUUUUAUCCCACACUCUAAUCAUAGUCCUUCCCCAUCAUCAUCUUCAUCAACCACCACCUCCACCCUCUUUCACAAACAACAUAACAUUCACUGAAAAACAAAACUAUCAUACCCACAUGGAUUUGCAAUGAAAGUGGGAGAGUCCAACUAUGCGAACGCUUUGUGAUGCUUGUGAGAGUGCGGCGGCUAUAGUUUUCUGCGCCGCUGACGAGGCUGCACUUUGUCGUGCUUGCGAUGAGAAGGUUCACAUGUGCAACAAGCUAGCAAGUAGACAUGUGAGAGUUGGUCUUGCAAGUCCAAGUGAUGUGCCACGGUGUGACAUAUGUGAGAAUGCACCUGCUUUCUUCUAUUGUGAGACAGAUGGAAGUUCCCUUUGUUUGCAGUGUGAUAUGAUAGUUCAUGUUGGAGGUAAAAGAACGCAUGGAAGAUAUCUUCUGUUCAGGCAAAGAGUUGAGUUUCCAGGAGACAAAUCUAGUCAUGCUGAAAAUCCAGGUUCACAGCCAUUGGAACCUGGUGAGAGUAAAAGAGGACAUAAUCAACUUCCCAAACUAAAAAUGGUAGAGAAGCAGCACAAUCAUGUGAUGCCUCUGCUUCCAACACCAGGAUCUGCUGCUGAUGGGCAUACCAAGAUGGAAACAAAAAUGAUUGAUUUGAACAUGAAGCCUAAUAACAGAUUACAUGAACAAGCAUCAAAUAAUCAGCCAUAAAUGGUACAACCAGGCAAUGCAGUUCUUGCAGGAUUCUACACCAAAAAUAUAGUACUGGCAAAAGCUUCUCAUGCAUGUUAAUGACAAGGAUGACAAAGAUAUUCUGUUAAC